UGCCUCUGCCUGGCCCAGAUUCGAGGGCCACCGGGAGAGCCCGGCCCGCGAGGGCCCCCCGGUCCCCCAGGAGUGCCGGGAGCGGAUGGCAUUGAUGGUGACAAAGGCUCUGCCGGAGCCCCUGGGUCCCCGGGUACCAAGGGUGAGCCCGGAGCCCCUGGUCCAGACGGGCCCCCAGGGAAGCCGGGCAUCGACGGCCCUUCUCUGCCAGGACCCCCCGGGCUCCCGGGGCAGGUUGGGCUCCCCGGAGAGAUCGGAGCGCUGGGACCCAAGGGUGACCCUGGACCCGACGGCCCGCGGGGUCCCCCAGGCCCCCCAGGGAAACCCGGCCCCCCAGGACACAUCCAAGGAGUGGAAGGCAGCGCUGAUUUCUUGUGCCCCACCAGCUGCCCGCCAGGUCCCAAGGGCCCCCAGGGACUGCAGGGACUGAAGGGACACAGAGGCCGUCCCGGCGCGCUCGGGGAGCCGGGCAGGCAGGGCAGGCAGGGCCCCAAGGGUGACGUUGGUGUCUCCGGAGAACAAGGUGUCCCAGGCCCUCCGGGACCGCAGGGCCUGAGGGGUUACCCCGGGAUGGCGGGACCCAAGGGCGAGACGGGUCCUGCUGGUUACAAGGGGAUGGUCGGGACUAUCGGAGCAGCCGGCCGGCCGGGCAGGGAAGGUCCCAAGGGACCGCCUGGGGACCCCGGUGAGAAGGGAGAUCUGGGCGGCCGUGGCAUCAGGGGACCCCAAGGAGACAUUGGCCCCAAGGGGGAGAACGGUCUCCCAGGCAUCGAUGGCAAAGACGGCACCCCGGGAAUCCCAGGCGUGAAGGGCGGUGUGGGACAGGCCGGCCACCCAGGAACGCCGGGACACCGGGGACAGGCUGGCUUGCCGGGCCAGCCGGGAAGCAAAGGGCGACCGGGGCGAGCGCGGCCUCGUGGGCCCCCCCGGCGAGCAGGGCAAAGCGGUGAGUGGUACCCACAGCCCGGCUGGGGGAUGGGCUUCACCUUGGGGCCAAAGGGCGAGCAGGGUCCACCGGGGAUCCCAGGACCCCAAGGCUUGCCGGGAGUCAAAGGAGACAAGGGCUCCCCGGGGAAAACCGGCCCCAAAGGCAGUACUGGAGACCCGGGCGUUCACGGCCUCGCAGGGCUGAAGGGAGAGAAGGGUGAAUCGGGUGAGCCGGGGCCGAAGGGACAGCAAGGCAUCCAGGGCGAGCUUGGCUUCCCGGGCCCCUCGGGCGAUGCAGGCGCACCCGGUGUGCGAGGUUACCCGGGACCCCCCGGCCCGCGAGGACUCGUCGGGGAGCGCGGUGUGCCGGGGAUGCCUGGCCAGCGGGGCAUAGCGGGCCGGGACGCCGGGGACCAGCACAUCGUCGACGUGGUCCUGAAGAUGCUGCAAGAGCAGCUGGCGGAGGUAGCGGUCAGUGCCAAGAGAGCAGCCCUGGGUGGAGUAGGUGCCAUGGGACCCCCAGGACCCCCCGGUCCCCCAGGGCCACCCGGUGAGCAGGGUCCACAUGGACCCAUGGGACCUCGAGGUGUCCCCGGCAUCCUGGGUGCUGCCGGGCAGAUCGGCAACAUAGGACCUAAAGGGAAGCGAGGCGAGAAGGGCGAGCGGGGAGAAGCUGGCCGAGGCCACCCGGGCAUGCCGGGUCCCCCGGGGAUCCCAGGUCUCCCCGGCAUCCCCGGCCACGCGCUCGAUGGCAAAGCCGGGGAGCGGGGUCUGCCGGCAUCUCACACCUACUUGGCUAAUGAGGACACGGCGCUGCCCGGGCUGCCGGAAGGAUCCCCGGGGACCGCGCUGCUCACGGCCGAAGCGCCGCCUUUUGCCCGGCAGCAGGCGAAGCCAGACCUGCCCCGAGCCCUUAUUGUCACCCCCCACCGUGGGAUUUUCGUGGGCUGA